UAGUGGCCAAAAGGCCAUUUUAGCAUGAGCAACGCCAUUGAGGGCUUCCAAACAAGCUUCCGCCAUUUUACAGGAGUCAGAGUAGUCAACUGGGUGGGGAUUCCUGUUGAAGUUAACCUCAAUGGUGCUGCCCGUGCUGUCACGUACGCCAUAAUGACACAGAUAUAAAAAUUGGGCCUCUAUCUAGCUCUAUGGCCGUACCCAUUGCGCAUGCGCACCCCUUCGACUGUGUGUCACCCUCGGCGAAACGGUGUUUGGAAGUAUCUCGUGUGUUUUAAUGCUUGAGAUUGACAGUUUUUAUCAUGCUUUGCUGAAUUGAAACAGUUUGUCAUAAAUAACGAAGAAAGGGAGUACCAACAACAAUGCUGCGUGUCUGCUUGAAAGGGGCAAAUUCUGCAGCGCGGAAAUGCCUGUGUGGGAAUGGUGUCCCCCUUCACCCCCUCCAGCAAUGUCGUAGCUACACUUCAGGAGGCUCAGGGUCUUCUGCAGGAAAGAUUGUAGCUGCCAGUGUCCUCACUGUGGGUGGAGGAGUUGGUGGCACAAUUCUAUAUGCCAAUUGGGAUCCCAAAUUCAGGGCCAAUGUUGAGAAAUCCAUACCAUACUCAGAUCAAGUGUUUGGACUGGCUCUCGGCCCAGCAGCACCUCCACCUGUUAUAAAUAAACCAAGAAAGGUUGAACCUGUUCAGAUUUCCUCCAUGUCUGAAAUGUGGAAAGACUCGAAGCAGCCGAAGGCCAAAGAGGUUGAGAAGAAAGCAGAGCAGCCAGAUGCUGAGGGACCCCCUGCUCCAGCACCUCAGGAGACCCUAGAGGAAGCUUCUGCUCAAGUGGCACAAAUCCUUUCAGCCAUCGGCGAGGUGCCCUCUGUGCCAGCCCCUGGAACCCACGAGGCAGAGGCCGUGCCUCCCCCAGCCGCCCUCAAGGGGGUCCCGGCAGCGGCAGCCAAAUGUACUGAGUGUGAACAUGAGCCUGCAGUGAAGGAGCGUCCUGAGGGUGAAGUGGCUGCCCGUCUUGCUGAGCAGGAUAAGGCUGAGCAGGACCUCCUGACAUCUCUGUCAUCCAAUCUGGAAGAUGCUCUGGGCAGCACAGCCAAGGUGACCCUGCAGGCCAUCGGUGCUCAGGAGGCAGCUCUGCAGGCCAUUGCCCAGCACACCCGCCAACUGAGGGAGGCCAUGGAGGCUGAGGCACCCCCUGAUAAGAAGUCUACCCAGUGGAGAGUCCUGGAAGAUGCACUGAGUGAACGCAGCCGAUCAGUAGACGAGGCUGGAGCAGCCGUCCUCAAGGCCAAGGCUGAGCUGGACAAGCUGAGAGGAGUGAUCGAUGGAGCCAAGCACUUAAAGAUUGCUGCAGCCCGGCCAUCUAUCCUGGCUGCAGAGGAGAACCUUCACAGCAUGGUGGUAGAUCUGGACAGCGUGGUGACCAGGGUCCAGACAGCCCAGUCUGAGGCUAAGAUUGUGUCCCAGUACAGCGAGCUGGUGAACGAGGCCAAGGCCCAGUUCCAGAAGGAGCUGAACAGCAUCACUCCAGAGAUCCAGGCCAACUGGAAGGGACUCACAGGGAAGCUGACUCAAGAUGACCUCAACUCCCUGAUUGCUCAUGCCCACCGACGCAUCGACCAGAUGAACCGAGAGCUGGCUGAGCAGAGGGUGAGGGAGCAGAUCCACAUCGACUCUGCCCUAGAGCAGCAGAAGCUGGAGGACAAGAAGGCCCUGGAGGUGGCCGUCUCCACCGCCCUGGAACACAACCGAGAACAGAUGCGUCUGGAGCAGGAGAAGAAGGUAGAGGAGACUCGGGAGGUGAUGGAGGCAGAGAUGCGGACCCAGCUGCGUAGGCAGGCUGCAGCACACACAGACCACCUGCGUGACGUCCUCAAGGUGCAGGAGCAGGAACUGCGCUCCGAGGCAGAGGAGAUCCUGAACAGCUCGUUGAUGGAGAAGGAGACAGAGUACCGUCGUCUGACACAGGACCAACUGGACAGCUUCACCCUGGACAUGAAUGCAGCUUACGCCAGGCUCAAGGGCAUGGAGGAGGCCAUUGACAGUCAUGUUAUAGCAGAGGAGGAGGCCCGUAAGGCCCAUCAGCUGUGGCUCUCAGUGGAGGCUCUGAACUACACUCUGAAGACUGCUGCCCUAAACGACCCCACCGAGCCCCUAGAGGGCGCCGUACAGGCCAUCAAGGAGAGCUGUGCCGAGGAUGAGUUUGCCCAGGCCCUGGCCACUGCCUUGCCCUCCGAGUCACUCAGCCGCGGCGUCUACAGCGAGGCCUCACUCCGCGCCCGCUUCUACGCCAUCCGCCAGCUGGCCCGCCGUGUGGCCCUGAUUGACGAGACCCGCAACAGCCUCUACCAGUACUUCCUAUCCUACCUACAGGCCAUGCUGCUCUUUGAGAAGGCACAGGAGGCUCCCCCCGCCAAGCUGUCUGCCGAAGAUCUCGACACAUUCAAGCUGCUCUCCUACGCUGCCUACAGCCUGGAGCAUGGAGACCUGGAGUUGGCCGCCAAGCUUGUCAACCAGCUGAAGGGUGAGUCGCGCAGGGUGGCUCAGGACUGGCUCAAAGAGGCCCGGCUCACACUAGAAACGAAACAGGUGGUCAGCCUCCUGUCUGCAUACGCCAAUGCAGUGGGGUUGGGCACCACCAUGGCGCCUUAGCUGAGUCCAGGUCAUGGGAGUGUCCCCAUCUGCAUCAACAGCAAGCUCUGCCCUCUCCAUGAGGAGUUAAUUUAUGAAUAGAGGAAAUCUGUUUGAAGCACCACUAUACAUACCACUGAUGGGUGUAUCCCAGAAAUGUAUUAAAACAUGCCCUCUCUUUAGAACCUUCCCAAGCAUCUACAAGAAAAUGACUUACUGAGUAGUACUAAUGCGUUUGAUGUACCUAUGGUGUCAGUGGUCUCAGCAGGUGUAAUGGAUGAGAUCCCUCACUGGGUGUGCUGUUUACAUCAGUGGUUCCCAACUCCAGUAACCCCAGACACUCACCUGAAAGCUUGACAAGUUGAAUCAGAUGAGUUUGUCUGGGGCUACUACAAAAUGUGUACUGUUUUUAGCGACUGGAGUUGGGAACCACCGGUUUAGAUAGCUGGAACCUUGGUCCUGUAAGUUGUCUCUCACUAGCCUCCUUCACCAUUUCAGCUCACAAUGUGUUUCUCGCUUUGUUCAAUUUGAUCAUGUUGUGCAGAAUCAAUUGUCAUGCUAUUUCCUCCCUGUUAAUAUUGGAUAUCAAUAAAUUGUGGCUGUUGA